GGUCUGUAGGAACUAGUGGCCGAAGCCGAUAGGUCUGUCCCAGCCUAGGUUAGGUCUGUGGGCAGUUUCGCAGUUCAACUCAACCGUCAAAGUUAAGCCACAAAUAGCCGAAACCAUCACUCCCAACCGGUUUAGUGAGUGUCUUGGUAUUUGCAUAGUCUCUCUGAUACAGACUCCAUUGUCGCUUUACAUGGUUCUGGUGAUGGCACGCGACAGGACACACAGCAAGUAAGGUUCCUACCGGCCGUCCUAUGACGUCAUGCUGCGAUUCUACAGUCUGUACAAGCAGGCGGUGUGUGGACCCUGUACGGUGGCUCGGCCUGGCUUCUGGGACCCAGUGGGUCGCUACAAAUGGGAUGCCUGGAGCCGCUUGGGAGAGAUGAGCAGUGAGAGUGCCAUGGCAGCAUAUGUGGACGAGAUGAAGAAAGUAGCACAGGAGGUCAUCGACACCAUGCCCAUGAAUGAGAAAACAGCCUCCCUCUUCCAUCACUUUGAGCCUCUCUACUUGGUGAUUGAUGACAUGCCGCGGCCUCCAGAGUCACUGCUCACACUCGGAGAAGAUCUUAAAGGCAGUGAGAAUGCCGACAGGCCAGCAGAGAUUAAGGAUGAGGAAGAGGAGCGGGGCAACCCUACAGGAGAUUCUUCUCUGCUACAGGGUGCAGACCAUGAUCAGGAGUUCAACCUGUCUGAAGUUAUAGACCUCACUGCCAACACCAUCCCCAACGACUCUGGCGUGUGUGAGGGUUUGGUGUUGACCAGCGACUCAGAGAGCGAGAUCUUCUGUGACUCUGUGGAUUCAGUGGAGCAACUCAGCAACGUCAAGGUUCCAGUUGUAAAGACCAAUGGCUUUCACAGUGAACAGGAGUCGUCUCCUGCUCAGAGCCUGGAGCUGGAGGGCCGUCUGGGGGUCAGACAGGUGGGAGCAGGUCAAGGAGGAGAGGGGGCCGAGGAUGGAAAAGGUCAAGGUCCCAACAGGAGGAGUCGAGACACUGGGCGGGAUGGUUCCCACCACAACUGGAGAGAACGAGGUCUUCCUCAGGGCAGUCCAAGGUGGGGGGCCCCGGGCGGUGGUGGACGGGCCGGGCGAGGAGGAGGGGACGGUUCAGAGGGUGGGGUCGAGAGGCUGCAUGAUGCCCAGCUACAGCAGCAGAUCAUUCUGGCCCUGCGGAGGCUCAGAGAGGACAUGAGAAGUGUGAUGGAGCGGCUGGAGGUGGUGGAGAGACUCGCCGCCACACAUGCCCAGAGCUCAGAGUGGAGACCAUGUCUACAGUGUGCAGCCUCAGCCUCCAAAGAGCAGGAGGACAGGUGGUGGCAGUUUGACAUGUCCGGUCAGACCGUCCUCCUCUUCCUCUUGUGGCCGUUUGUCGCUCAGGGUUUGGUCUACCUGCUGAGGAAAGCCCAGAAAAGGAGCCGCAUAUCUUCAUGAAGAAAGCCGAUGAUGACGUUCAACCAAUCACCUGUAGUAAUCCAUCGGUGCAAGGAGUUUAAUCUGUACAGAGGAAAGGAUCAAAUAUGAAUUCAUGGGACAGCUGCACCUUCCUUCAUUCUGUGCACUGAACAGAGGGAGAUAGGUUUGUGGACUUGGUGCCUGCUUGGAGAGAGAUGUAUGUGGUUGGAUCCAGAAAUCUUCUCACUCACCACAGCACAUAAAUCUGUAUUUAAAUGAUUCAAGUGGAGUCAGUUGGCUUGUCUUGGGAAGCGGGAAGCAGAUAAAGAUGAUAUUAUCAAAACUGGAUGGGUGGUUAUACUGAUCAUGAGCCUGAGGUACUGAAUAAACCUGAAUUAAAGACUUGGAUUAUAUUAAUAUAUUACUCAAGUUAGUGAGACAUGAUGUACAUUCACUGUAUUCUAUUUACUGUUGGGUUUUGCUACCAUAAGAUCAAAGUCAUUGUAAAAUACAGCACACUGCAGCCAAAGUAUCUGCUCUGGAAUGGAGGAAGUCAGUGUACAGAUGUCUUAUUAAUACGUCAUGUAGCUGUAAAAAUGUCACUGUCUCUCUGAUAUGGGGAGGAACCACUCUGUGCUUACACUUGUCAUUUCAUUGUUAUCUCUCACAUCUGAUUGUUUACCUCAGAUUGUUCGUCAGAGUCUCUGCUGACAUAUAUUUAAGUCUUACGAUGAAAGAAUCCUUUCGGUGCUCUGUCUCUUGGACUGCUCAUGUGCUAGCUGCACAUUAAUCACAUCUACAGUACAACGUCUGAUCACAGUGAUACUAAUGUAUCUCAUUUUAUAGAUCAAUGUAAACAUAAUCAGAUUGUUUAGUUACCUCCUGAGUCUGCUAUUGUGACUCCAGGUGUGAUCAGAUGAUAAAGAACACUGAAGUGACAAGUGUAAUUGAGACAGUCCUCACCAAAUGAUGGGAGAACUGUUUGAUAACUGCCCUGUAAUGAACAGUUGUGUAUAAUACUAAUGCAUGAGCUCAGAUUAAAAAUCUAUAUUGAAUAGAA